AUGGAUCCAAAAGUCGAAAAUGGAGCAACGCAGGGAGAUGAGGUGCCGACUUGGGGAAAAUCUUUGCCAGUGCCAAGCGUCCGAGAAAUGAUAACAAACCAUGGUGUCCCAGAAAAGGUGCUGAAGAAAAUGAAAGCUGCUGUGGCAGCAUUUUAUGGACUUCCACUGGAAGAGAAAAGCAAGUACGCAAUGGCAGCGGAUGAUAUUCAAGGAUAUGGCAAAGUCUAUGUAGUCUCUGAUCAUCAAAAACUCGAUUGGUGUGACAUAAUGGUCUUGAUGACACUCCCGCCCGAAUACAAGAAAAUGAAAUACUGGCCGGUUGCAAUACCAGGUUUCAAAGAGGCAGUAGAAGAGUACACAACAGAAACACUUAAGCUGGCUGAGGAGAUCUUUGCCAACAUCUCUUUGUUAAUGGGAAUGGAUAAAGAUGCUGUAAAACGGUUGCAUGGGAAGAUCAUGAAGCAAGCAAUUCGAAUGAACUACUAUCCAACCUGCUCGAGGCCUGAUCUUGUGGUUGGUGUUAGUCCACAGUCUGAUCCAAGCGCCAUAACCUUACUUCUCCAGGAUGAUGAUAUCACUGGUCUCCAGAUAAGGCACAGGGAAGGAUGGGUUCCUGUGAAACCAAUUCCAAAUGCUAUAGUAGCAAAUAUUGGUGAUGUUAUUGAGGGUUGGAGCAAUGGAGUAUACAAAAGCAUUGAGCACAUAGCGGUGACGAAUGUGACAGCGGCAAGAAUGUCCGUUGCAACAUUUGUGAUCCCGGAUGACGACGUGGAACUAGGUCCAGUGGAGACAAUGGUGGAUGAUUAUAAUCGCCCUGUAAUGUACAAAAGCAUCAAGUAUGGCGAUUACCUCAGAUAUACUUUCUCAAAGAAAAUGGAUGGAAAGGCCAACACCGAGCUUCUCAAAGUUGGAAACGAAAGCAUUUGA